CAAGCUCUUGUACACACGCCUCAACCCGUUUUCGUUAACAUCGUCGACAUCAUCGCCUUCCCCUCCCUUCCCUCCCUGCCUCUGGUUCCUAUGAUAGCGCCUCCGAUCGACAACCCUUCCGCCUACAUGAACACCCCUGCGGUUCCCGAAACAAAGAGAAAGCUGGAUGAGACCAGACUCUUGUCCAGGCUCAAGAAGGAGGAUGCCCUCGUCCUGUCGCAGAUGUGGACAUGUUUUGAGCAGCUCUCAGACCUGCGCCAUGUCUUCCUCUCCGGGCUCGUCAGUCGGUGUCGUCUCACCGACCUCUCCCUCCUGUCGUGCUCCCUCCCGAACCUUCUGCGGUUCGACCUCGUCGGCAAGCUGCCGCCCGAGAUUGCGCUCCACAUCUUUCAGUACCUCGAUGCCAAGUCGCUGUGUCAUGCUGCUCAAGUGAGCAAGGCCUGGAAGAUCCUGGCCGACGAUGACGUCAUCUGGCACCGUAUGUGUGAGCAGCACAUUGACAAAAAAUGCAACAAGUGUGGAUGGGGCUUGCCGCUGAUGGACAAGCGCCGCAUCGAGCGGGCCCCCGUCAUCACCGAAAUCCAGCAGCAGCAGCAGCAGGCGCAGCAGCACCAGCAACAGCUCCUCGAGCACCAGCAGGCCCAACAGCAACAUCAACAGCAAGCGCAGUCUGCGGAACACCCGCCCGCCCAGCAAUCUCAGAUCGUUCCCUCGGUCUCGAGCGGAUCGUACUCGGACUCGGACCUUGAACCUCCCCGGAAGCGAAGCAAAAUCCUGCCGUGCGACUCCGUCGCCACGUCACCAUCGCCAUCGCCAUCGUCGUCCUCGGCCUCGCCCUCGUCUUCAGCCAACAAUGCCGUUGCACAGACCGCUCGUGUCCCCUCGACCGCCCCUGUCCCGGCUGAAUCCACCCCUGUCCAGCAGAGCCAGCCCCGUGCCGCCUCGCCGCCCUAUCGCCGUGUUAUCUAUGCCCGGCCAUGGAAAGACAUCUACGCCGAGCGAAUGAUUGUCGGACGCAACUGGCGGCACGUCAACUACACCACAAAGGACCUGCAGGGCCACACCAAGGGCAUCACGAGUCUCCAGUUCGACUCGUGCAAGGGCCUGCUGAUAUCGAGCUCGUACGACACCACCAUCCGCGUCUGGGAUAUGGAGUCGGGCAAGUGUCUCAAGGAACUCACCGGCCACACCCGGUGUGUGCGCGCGAUCCAGUUCGACAACGUGAAGCUGAUCUCGGGCUCGAUGGACAACACCAUCCGCAUCUGGAGCAUGAAGACAUUCGAAUGCCUCCGUGUCCUGGAAGGCCACAACAACGGCAUAACCUGCCUGCACUUCAACGACCGGAUCCUGGCGACCGGCUCCAAGGAAGGACCCAUCCGUGUCUGGGACAUCAAAACCGGCAAGUGCUUCUUCCUGGUGGGUGAAGAGGAAUACGUCAACAAGGUCCAGAUCCUGCCCAACAACCAGCUGCUGAGCUGCUCCGAGGAUCACGCCGUCAAGCUGUGGGACUUGACCACCCGACAGAUUCUGCGGCGCUUCAACGGACACACAGCGCCCGUGCAGAGUCUGCAGGCGUACAUCCACCCUUCGCUCAUUCGGCCAUCACACCGAGGUGACCCCAGCGCAUCGAGUGGCGGCAAAGACAGCAGCCUGGACCUGCCGAAAUCUGCCAAGCUGGUGACCUGCGGCCUCGACAACACCCUCCGAACAUGGUCGCUGUCAACGGGAGAGUGUCUCAACACCCUCUUUGGCCACACCGACGGCGUUUGGUGUGUCUCGUUCGACUCGCUGCGGAUCGCGUCCGGUGGCCAGGACGGGGUCAUCAAGAUAUGGGACAACGAAAGCGGUACUCUGCUCUUUGAUUUGGCAGGCGGCCACAACGCCGCAGUCAAUUGUAUCCAGCUCUCGGAUACGACCAUCGUCAGCUGGUGACAACAAUGGUGCCAUCCGUGUCUGGAGCUUCCUUCCCAGUCGCCUGGGCACCACCACCAGCAGCAGUAGCAGCAGUAG